AUGUACUUUGUCUUAGUCUUACUUCUAUCUAGAAUCACCCAAGGAUGUGACAAAAAACACCGCGUUCGGCACCACAACCGCCAUAUAUACCGUCGCGAUACGGCCCCUAGCUUCCCACCAAUUCUGACACCGCAGGAACAAAUUCUAGUAUCGUCUUUCGAUGACACAUCCAUGGCAUCUUGGUCAAGCUAUUAUUCACACAAGCGGAAUCUCGCGGGAGAAAGCAGUACUGUGCCCGAAUGGACAGCUGCAAAAUGGGCCGAGUAUGGUUUCGAUACUAGACUAGAUAGUUAUCAUGUCUACCUAAACUACCCCGUCCACCAAUCCCUCACACUCAGAUACCCCAACGGAAGCACGUACAACCUCACCCUCGAAGAACCCAUGCUCGAAGAAGACCCUACAACCAGCUCUCCAAACCGCAUCCCCGCAUUCCAUGGCUACUCCGCCUCAGGAAACGUAUCAGCGCCAUACAUCUACAUCGGCCGCGCCACAACCCAAGACCUACAACACCUCUCCAACCUCAACAUCUCCCUCGCCGGUAAAAUCGGCCUCGCCAAACACGGCGGCCCCUUCCGCGGCACCAAACUCCGCAACGCCCACUCCUUCAACCUCGCCGGCCUCCUCCUCUUCACUGACCCCGCCGACGACACGGAAAUGGCUACGCCGGCGUACGCACCGUAUCCUGCGGGGCCCGCACGGAAUCCGUGGAGUGUACAGCGCGGUAGUGUGCUGGACUUGACUAAGUAUCCUGGGGAUCCGACGACGCCGGGGUAUGCGUCGAAGGAAGGGGUGGAGAGGAAGGGGGUGGAGAGUUUGCCGGAGAUACCGAGUUUGCCUUUGUCGUGGGGUGUGGCGAGGGGUUUGUUGGAGGGGUUGGAGGGGUGGGCAGGUGAGGGGGAUUAUAGUGGGCGGUCUGAUGCGGUGCUUGAGAUGAGGAAUGAGAUGAAGGGGGGUAUUGAGUGGAUUUAUAAUGCGGUUGGUGUUGUGAAUGGGACGGAGGGGGAUGAGGUUGUUGUGGUAGGGAAUCAUCAUGAUGCUUGGAUGGUUGGGGGUGCUGCGGAUCCGCAUUCUGGCUCGGCAAUUUUGAUUGAGCUGGCAAGGGCGAUUGGUAAGCUCUUGGAGACUGGGUGGAGGCCGAAACGGACGAUUGUUCUUUGUAGUUGGGACGCUGAGGAGUACGGGUUGGUGGGAAGCACCGAAUGGGUUGAGGAAUACACUCCCUGGCUCAAAAGCUCCGCUGUGUCUUACCUAAACAUCGACGUUGGGGUGUCUGGCACCAUCCCUGACUUCAGUGCUUCUCCCGACCUCCAUUCUCUGGUAACUUCAACUGCGCAGAAGGUCAUAUGGCCCCACGGCGAAAAUCGUACAAUCUACGAUGUCUGGGAAGAAAGGGCUGGUGAAAUUGACCUUCUGGGCGCACAAAGCGACUACACAGCCUUUGUGCAUCGCGGGGGCAUUUCUGCCAUGGACAUCGGUACUACGAGAGCGCCUCUGGACCCAAUUUAUCACACACACUCCAACUUUGAUAGCUACUACUGGAUGACCAGGUUCGCUGACCCAGGAUUUGUAAUGCACAAGGCAAUUGGUCAGUUUCUGACUUUGAUGCUGUUCCACUUGGUAAACGACGAUGUUGUGCCGCUUGAGCCAUCCAACUAUGGUAUGGAAAUGCAGGCAUGGCUUGCAGAUCUCCACAAGCUUAUAUCAUCUACAAAUGGAACGGCGGCAGUGAGAGUCGAGCAGCUUGAAGAUGCCAUUACGGCAUUCGAAGAAGCAGCACGAUUGUUCAAUGCUGCUCGCGACGCAGCUGUGGUCUCAAACAAUGUACGCCUAAUCAUGGAACUGAAUCGCAAAGCUCGCGAUUUUGGACGGGAAUUCAUCAACCAAGGCGGACUUCCUGGACGGCCUUUCUAUCAGCAUCUUUUGUUUGCACCAGGAAUAGAUACAGGAUACAGGCCCGUUACUUUUCCUGGAAUUACGGAAGCCGUUUCCAUGGGGAACUUCACUCUGGCAAACGAGUACUUGGGCAGGACUGUAAAGGCUGUGCUGGGAGCAGCAAGUAUACUGACGACCUGA